AUGUCGUUCAUGGAUGGUUCUUCUGGAUAUAAUAAAAUCCGCAUGUCACCAAAAGAUGAAGAACUCACUGCAUUUCGCACGCCAAAAGCUAUUUCUUGCUACAAAGUGAUUCCAUUUGGUGUAAAGAAUGAUGGCGCCACAUAUCAAAGUGCUAUGCAAAAUAUCUUGGACGACUUGCUCCAUAAAAAUGUUGAAUGUUAUGUUGAUGAUUUGGUAGUAAAGUCGAGGAAAAGAGCAAGAUUGUACGUCCAAUUCCAACAAUUUGAGAUUGUGUACAUCCCUCAAAAAUCCGUGAAGGGACAAGCACUAGCGGAUUUCUUAGUAGAUCAUCCUAUACCAAAUGAUUGGGAGUUAACUGAUGAGUUUCUUGAUGAAGAUGCGAUGUUAAUUGAAGUUCAACCUCCUUCAAAAAUGUACUUUGACACGGCUGUACAUCACGACAGAGCUGGUGCUGGCGUGGUGUUCAUCACAUCACAAGAAGAGAUUCUACCAUUUUCUUUUACUCUAAAACAAUGUUGCUCCAAUAAUGUCGCUGAAUAUCAAGCACUGAUACUUGGACAUAAAAUGGUCGUUGACGUGAAACAAUUACAUUUACAGGUCUUUGGUGACUCUCAAUUGAUGAUUAAUCAACUCUUAGGAAGUUAUGAGGUAAAAAAGCCUGAAUCGCUCCUUUAUCAUGAUUAUUCUCAAAAAUUGAUAAGAUGGCUUGGGGAUGUAACCCUUUAA